UGCACAUCAAAAAUCGGAACACACUGCGUUCUCCAUGGUUCAUCGUAUUUGUCGUUGCCGCUAAAAAGCGUAAAGAGUCGUUGCGAAAUUCGGAUUUCGGGCUUAGGAAGUGCCAAGGCAUUCGAACCUACGAUUUAAUGUCAGGCAUCGCGAUCGCCAGACUCGCUGAGGAGAGAAAAGCAUGGAGGAAAGACCAUCCAUUUGGCUUUGUAGCUCGGCCUACAAAAAAUCCAGAUGGAACACUUAAUUUGAUGAGCUGGGAAUGUGCUAUACCUGGAAAGAAAACUACUCCAUGGGAAGGCGGGCUGUACAAGUUGCGAAUGAUAUUCAAAGACGACUAUCCUUCCAGUCCGCCAAAAUGCAAAUUCGAGCCCCCACUUUUUCAUCCUAAUGUUUACCCUUCUGGUACUGUAUGCCUAUCUCUCCUAGAUGAAGAAAAGGACUGGCGACCAGCCAUAACAAUCAAGCAAAUCUUGCUAGGAAUCCAAGAUUUACUUAAUGAACCAAACGUUAAAGAUCCCGCCCAAGCAGAAGCUUACACUAUUUACUGCCAGAAUCGUUUGGAAUAUGAAAAACGAGUGAAGGCGCAGGCAAGAGCAAUGGCACCGCAAGAAUAAAAAACACGAACGUUCCACCUACCACAAAGCAAAACUUUAUUUUCUAAGCCUGCAACAAAUAUAAUAUAACAUAAUGCAAACUAUAUACAAAUAAUUUUUCCCCCACUUACAAUUUACAUGACCAUAAAAGUUGCAUACAUAUACAUAGGUAAGUAUAAACAGAAUCAUCAUUUUAUUUUCUUCUAUGUAUAAUUAUCAAUGAAAUUGUUUAUUAUCAACGAGUGCUCGAUAUCAGUGAGAUUAUCUUCUGCCUGAUAAAUUAAUAAUUAUCCUAUUCGAAAUCCAUGCCAAGGACAAUUAUCCUUCAUUAUAUAAUGUACAUGUAAGAAAAGAGGAAAAAAUGUGUUACACAUCGUUAGACUUAUAAUGACUCUAUGCGCAAACCGAAGAUCAGGUUUUGCAGAUGUAAAUCUAACCAUGAUUAUACUAUAAAAUUAUUCUAGGAAGCUGAGUCGAUUAAUGUUUGUCUCUAAGUAUUUAUACUCGAUGUAUCCAAUAAAAUUUGUGUAAAAAUAG